AUGGCGUCGGUGGAGCGGCGGAGGACUGGUCGACGGAAGAGAAGAUCCGAUGACCCCUACCUGGCACGCCAGAUGUCGGAUUAUGGGAUCUGCAAACCCUUGAGAGCGGUAGUUUUGGAGUAUCCUUGCCACAAAUGUGGUGGCUUUGAGCAAUUUACUCUUUCCAUCCCCUCUUCUCCGUGCGCCAAUUCCCUUUUCCUUUUCCAUCCCCUGCUCCGCUGCAGCUGCCCUGCUGCUUCCCCUCCCCCUCCUCGCCGAGGCGCCUCACGAGCGCCGCGAGGGAGGUGGCUAGUACGGCGAGGCGUCGCGCCAGCACGAGCGCCGCGAGGUCAAAGGGCAGCAGCAGGCAAUACGUCGAGGCGCAGCAACCGCACGGGCUCCGUGAGUUCCAGGGCCGGAAGCAGCCAAUACGGCGAGGCGGUGCCUGUCUGGCGGCCGUACGGCCUCCGCCGCGUGCGCGACCUUGCUCCUGCGCCUCCUACCCGGGCUGGACCUCCCCCGUGCGUCGUCCCCACCCGCAUCACCAAGCUUCCCAACAGCGUCCGCGACUCCGCGUCGCCUCCGAGGAUGUCCAGGGAGCAGCACAGGGAUGGCGAAUUUGGCUGCUCUGCUCUGAUGAUGCCGUCAGAGCACAACUUGCUCGUUUUCAGCAUGAGGAAGAAGAUGAUCUAAAUGUUUUGGAAGGACUAAUCCAGUGAGGAUGGUGGACAAGAAAAUAUAGAAGGAAUGUGUAUGUCAAAACUGAAGAAAAGCAGACCACCUUGGUGGCUCUGUUCUCACAAAGAAGAUUGUUUACUGUUCCACACAAAAUCGGAUUUUUGCCAGCAACUCAUCCACCUUGGUCUCAUCUUUCGUUGACGACGGAGCAUCACGUAGCAGUAUCUCUGCGAAAAUCCAUAGAAGUAUCGGAACCGGCUGUGGAUAUGGGAAAAAGAAAAUCCCUAAAAUGCAUCUCUGAAACAAUGGCAUUUUUUUAGUGAAUGAACUAAGAAUAGCAGUUCAUUUAUAUUCUGUAGGGGGAUAGCAGGUGCCACUGUUCCAGAAUGUACUAAUUCUCUGAAAAUUGAUUUGUUUCUGUAGCAAGUUGUCGUAUGAAUUUCAAAAAGGAACUAUUCUCUGAAAAUUGUUUCAUAUUUCUGUAGCAAUUUAUUGUAUGGAUUCUGAACACUGUUCAAGGAAAUCAGCAGCUGCCAUUGUUCGGAGAAUGAGCUAAUUCUCUGAAAAUCGUUUUGUUUUUCUGUAGCAAGUUAAUGUAUGAAAAAUGAAUUUGUUCAAAGAAAUCAGCAGCUGCCCUUAUUUUACAUCA